CAUUGUUAUGGUAUUGCUGGCUGCGGCGGUGUGCACCAAGAGCGGCAAGGCUCUGGUGUCACGCCAGUUCGUUGAGAUGACAAAGUCUCGCAUUGAGGGCCUCCUUGCAGCAUUUCCAAAGUUAAUGACUGGUGGGCGGCAGCACACCUUUGUGGAAACAGAGUCUGUCCGCUAUGUCUAUCAGCCUCUAGAUAGACUCUACAUGUUGCUCAUCACAACUCGUGCCUCAAACAUUCUGGAAGACUUGGAAACCCUACGGCUCUUUUCUCGUGUGAUCCCAGAAUAUUGCCGCAAUAUGGAGGAGAGCGAGAUUCUUGAAAAUUCCUUCCAUCUCAUCUUUGCCUUUGACGAGAUUGUGGCAUUGGGUUACCGUGAGUCUGUUAACUUGGCUCAGAUCCGAACAUUUGUAGAAAUGGAUUCGCAUGAAGAAAAAGUUUAUAGAGCUGUUCGUGAGACUCAGGAGAGGGAGGCUCGAACCAAGAUGAAGGAGAAGGCCAAGGAGCUGCAACGAAAACGUUACGAAGAAUUAAAGAGAGGUGGCAAGAGCCAAGGUUACUCAGGUGGCAACACUGGAGGUUUUGGCAUGUCUGGAGGAUUUGGAGGAGGCUCAGGAGGCUUCACAACGCCUACUGAAACCAUUACAGCUAACACACAGGAGACAAGACCAUCUAGUAUAAAGCCAGCUGGACCCAACAGAGCCAUGAAGCUAGGCAGCAAGGCCAAAGAUGUAGACUCUUUUGUGGACCAACUUAAAUCUGAAGGAGAGCAGGUUGUGUCUUCCUCAGAACCAGUCUCCAAGAUGACACCUGUCAAAACACCCCAAGUAGAUGUAGAAGCAAUACAUAUAGUAAUGUCAGAGGACCUAAUUGUGCGAGCUGGAAGGGAUGGAGGCUUACAAAACAUGGAGGUUCAAGGUAUACUCAAAUUGCGUAUUACAGACCCUGAACAUGGCUUCAUCAAGGUUCAGGUUGAUAAUACAGACACCAGACCAAUUCAACUCCAGACCCAUCCUAAUGUGGACCGUGAUCUGUGGCGCUCUUGUGGACAAAUAGGUAUGAAGAUGUCUAAUAAACCAUUCCCACAUAACACAGAUGUGGGUGUACUUAAGUGGCGCUUCCAGACAGCAGACGACAGUCAUGUUCCCCUUUCUAUUAACUGUUGGCCACAGGAGAAUGGUGCAGGAGGCUGUGAUGUUAAUAUAGAAUAUAACUUAGAGAAGAGAGACAUGGAACUUAACGAGGUGACCAUCACCAUACCUCUGGCCUCGGGUGCACCUCCACCAGUGAUAAAUGAGUGUGAGGGCGAGCAUGAGUAUGACCGCACCCACUGUGCUUUGGUAUGGCGCAUUCCAGUUAUCGAUAAGGCUUCUCCCACUGCAUCUAUGGACUUCACUGCACGUGGUGCUCCAGAUAACUUCUUCCCAGUGCGUGUGUCUUUCCAUUCACCUCGACCAUACUGUGACCUCAAGGUUCUGGGCGUUGUGAGCACAUCGGAUGGAGCACCAGUGACGUUCUCUCACGAAACACAACUUAAAACCAACGUGUAUGAGAUUGACUAGAACUUACUGCAGCUUUUGUUACAAUGCACAAUUUUGAGGAUUUACACUUUAACGAUCUUAAUUAGUUUUAUUUGGUUACUUGUUAGUGCAGAAUGUCUGUUGUCGGUGAUCAUCUUUUUCACUAGGUAUCAGACAAAUCUGAACAUUGUGUUGGUUAGUUUAUUAAAUUUAUAGUUGUCAUUGAUACAUAAAAUUUAAUAUUGCUUUCAUUCCAAUUCCUUAUUUCUUUCAUAUAGACUUUACCUCCAAGUGUCAAUCUUCAUAGCUAUCAGCUUUAUAAACUUUUCCCGAGCAACUGCAAUUAUUUUCCACUUGCUAAAUUUCCUUAGGACACUUGUUAAAUUUAAGAAUGAGUUUUUUUUUUUUUUUAAAGACAUCUUUUCCAUUUAGUUAGGGAACAAUGUAGUCUGUGGCAAGGAAUGGAUGAGAAUAUGGGUGCAAAGAAUGUGAUGUAUGAAUUACAUAUAGUAUCUUUAUGUAGUCAAUACUCUAUGAACUUUACCAUUGUAAAUGUAAUUACAGAUUUUUUUUUUUGUUGGGGGGGGAGGGGGGGCAGGGCAGGGAGAUGAGCUUAAAUUAGGACACUGGCUCAAUAUAGAGGCAACAAGAAGUGGUAAUAAAAAGCUCAAAUAUUCAUGCAUGAUUAAGAAGGGAAUAGGCGAGGACAGUUAGAGCAUGUGUCUCGCAUCUAGCUGAUAGAUUUGAGCCUCCAUCAUUUAGUGGUGAAUGACCCACCAGGGUUUAACGCUUCACAUAGUGAACAUUAUAUACUGUAGUCAUGCGUGGGGGGAGACAGUUCAUACCUGUUGUUUUGGGAGAUGUCAUGUGCUGUGCCAUUUCCAAAAACUGUAUCAUUCAUGGUUCAGUAAAAUAAUGGGAGGUUAACAAACAUAUUCAAAAUUUGUUAUGUAGUCUUUUGAGAUAUUUAUGUAUGCAACAAUAUAAAAUGACAUUGAUGUAUGAGCAUUUUAUUAGUGUUAUUGCCAAACAAUGUACAGUAUAAAAAAAACCAUACCACGGGCGGGGAUAGAACCUGCGAUCGUGUCAUUACGAUUUUGAGAGUCAUGUUAGCAAUGUACAGUAUACAUAGUAACUGAAAUUUUUAUUAACCAUUGCCAGUUUACUAGGAAAACUAAAGAAAUUAUAAACCUUGAAAGUGAUAGGUUAUGUUGGCAUACUAUUGUUCUCAUUAUAUAUAUUCUGCAUUAAAGAGGUAAGAAUUUUU